CCCGCACUCUCACACACCCCAGCUCCUUAUUCCACUCGCAUACUUCUGCCUCUUAAUCCACUUGUGAUUUCCCCUCUUCUCCCCUGUAGUUCCGAGCAAUGUCAGGUGCUCCCCGCGUUGAGCUCCCCAACACGGACACCGAUUUCGACCUCCAGCAAACCCCCAACGGCACCCCAGACUUCCUAUCGGAAAUGGACGGCUCUCCAGCCCCCCAGACCAACGGCAACGCCAACAAGGACCUGAAAAACAGCGCAAUCAAGGCAAAGAACGGAAUUCUAGAGACUUCAAACGCCAUGAACGCCGCAAACAACCACCCCAGCGUCCAGAACGCUAAGCAGACUGUUAUGAACGGUCCUGUUGCACAGAACGUCAAGGCCGAGGGCGCAAAGACGCGCAACGAGUUUGCUGAUCUCGCCAACUCCAAGACGAUUCCCGAGCACAAGGCAGCGACUGGCCAGAACCUCACUCACUACCACAGCAUGUUCUACCGCUUGUUGAGCUGGAAGAACCCCCGCGCUACCGGAAUAGCGUUUGGUGCGACCGUCCUCUUCAUCUUCGCCGCCCGAUACCUGAACCUGAUCCGCUACAUGUUCAAGAUGUCCUACAUGGUACUCGGACUUACGGCAGCCGCUGAGGUUGUCGGUAAAAUGGCUCUCGGACGUGGUCUUACUUCGCAGUUCAGGCCUCGCCAGUACUACACCAUUCCCAAGGCUUCGCUUGAGCGCAUGACCGACGACUUUGAGCAGCUCAUCAACUUCUUCGUUAUUGAGUCUCAGCGUAUCAUGUUUGCCGAGAACGUCUACGUCACUGUCGCCAUGUUCUUCGCUUCCUUCAUCUCCUACUUCCUCAUCAAGUUCGUCCCGCUCUGGGGCUUGGCUUUGAUUUCGACAUUCAUUACCUUCCUCGGUCCCCUCAUCUACAUCCAGAACAAGGAGGUCAUUGAUGCUCAGUUGGAGAAGGGCUACAACGUUGCCAACCAACAGGCCCAGCAGGUCAAGGGUCUUGCUAACCAGCAUGCUGGAAACGCCAUGAAGACUGUCCAAGGAUACACCCAGCAGGCCACGGCCAAGGCCCAGGAGACCGUCAACCAGUACCGCGGGCGUUCCACUUCCCCAGAGGUCAAGAAGGAGGCUUUCCCCUCUGCCCCAACACACGCACCCGCCACCGAGGAGUCCUCUGACGAGGAGCUCGAGGAUGAGAAGCCCGUUGCGCAGCCUGCCCUAUAAGCCGUCUCUCUCCAACUAUAGCAUGUAGAGUAGACAGGCUUCUCCAUGGUCUCGCCCUCAAAUCCGCCACAAUCGAUCUCUCACACAUACCCUUCUCACGGUGCUCACGUAUAACGACUUUUGCUCGGUUUCUGUGUGUAUUCUCCGAGCCUGAAAUUGCAAUCGGAGUCAGCGUCGUGUAUCCUUUU